AUGCCCGACUGGCUCCCCUCCGUCCCCUAUCCAGGCCCGCAAGACGGCUUCUGGAGCCCGGUCACAAGCACUCUGAACUGGUGCGAGGAGGCAAGCACCCAUCCACCCAAAAGCAGCCCUCAGCCACCGUGCUGUUCGCCCGAGCUGCAGAAGAUGCAGCUGUGCAACCCGCCGAUUGUGCUUGCAAAACGACCUCAGCUCCGCGAAUGGCACCCGCCCGCUGUUGCCAUGCGCUGCGCGCCGAGCACCCACCCAGCGCCCGCCGAGAUCAUCAACACGCUGACGAACCUGCUCUUCAUCUACCUGGCCUUCAAGGGCAUCAACAACUGCCUGCGCAACGAGCACGAUGGCAUCUUCCUCGUCACCUUCGUCGGCUACCUGGUCGUCGGCACGGGCAGCUUCCUCUUCCACAGCACGCUCAAGUACCCGAUGCAGCUGGUCGACGAGCUGUCCAUGAUCUACACCACCUGCCUCAUGUUCUACGCCACCUUCUCCUACGGCCGCUCGCGCGCCUACGCCCAGGCCCUCGGCCUCUUCCUCGUCGCCCUCGCCGCCUUCAUCACCGGCUACUACCACUACCUGCAGGACCCGGCCUUCCACCAGAACAUGUACGCCCUCCUGACCGCCGUCGUCCUGUUCCGCAGCAUAUACAUCAUGGAGGUGCGCCUGCGCCCCACGCUCAAGGCCGAGGAGAAGGCGGCGGCGAGCGCGGCCGCCGUGGCCAACGGCAACGACGCCGCUGCCGCCGUGCCCGGCGAGAAGCAGCGCCGGGACGCGCGCGACACCGAGAUCCUGCGCACCAUGUGGCUCAUGAUCGGGACCGGCCUGAGCGUUUUCCUCGGCGGCUUCGCCAUCUGGACUCUCGACAACGAGCUCUGCGGCACCCUCCGCCGCUGGAGGAGAGACGUCGGCUUGCCGUGGGGCAUCCUGCUGGAAGGUCACGGUUGGUGGCACCUCAUGACUGGCGUUGGUGCAUACUUUUACAUUACGUGGGGAGUCUGGCUUCGCCAUUGCUUGAACGGCAAGCAAGACGAGUACAAGCUUCACUGGCCGAACGUUUUCCAAAUGCCGCUCGUCGUCAAAACGAACAAGCCGUAUCAGCUCAACGGCGACGCCAAGGGCGUCAAGAAGCACUUGUAA